GCAGCACUUGCGGCGGCGGAGCGGAAAAGGCGGAGUUUGAGCCAAAAUGAGGGAAAAUAAGAACAUGUCCGAGUCCCCUUCUCAAGCGGGAAAAGAAAUACCAGCGAAAAAGCAGAAACUAAGCAGUGACGAGAACAGUAACCCCGAUUUAUCAGGAGACGAGAAUGAUGAUGCUGUCAGUGUUGAGAGUGGGACUAACGCCGAGCGCCCAGACACACCCACGAACACUGCCAACGCCCCGGGCAGAAAGAGCUGGGGCAAGGGCAAGUGGAAGUCCAAGAAGUGCAGAUAUUCUUUUAAAUGCGUCAACAGCCUGAGGGAGGACCACGGCCAGCCGCUGUUUGGAGUCCAGUUUAACUGGCACAGCAAGGAGGGAGACCCGCUGGUGUUUGCCACAGUCGGGAGUAACAGGGUAACUCUGUAUGAAUGUCACUCUCAGGGAGAAAUGAGGCUCUUGCAGUCUUAUGUCGAUGCAGACGCAGAUGAGAACUUCUAUACGUGUGCCUGGACCUAUGACACAAACACAAGCCAUCCUCUGUUGGCUGUCGCCGGGUCCCGUGGCAUCAUUCGGGUGAUCAACAACAUCUCAAUGCAGUGUAUCAAGCAUUACGUAGGUCACGGAAAUGCCAUCAAUGAGCUGAAGUUCCAUCCAAGGGAUCCAAAUCUCCUCCUGUCUGUCAGCAAAGAUCAUGCCCUUCGUCUAUGGAACAUACAGACGGACACAUUAGUGGCAAUAUUUGGCGGUGUGGAAGGGCAUCGGGAUGAAGUCCUGAGUGCUGAUUUCGAUCUUCUAGGUGAAAAGAUUAUGUCGUGUGGGAUGGACCACUCCUUAAAACUUUGGCGAAUCAAUUCAGAGAGAAUGCAGAAAGCCAUCCGGGGGUCUUAUGAGUACAACCCCUCAAAGACAAACCGGCCUUUCGUCUCACAGAAAAUUCACUUCCCCGACUUCUCAACACGAGACAUCCAUAGGAACUAUGUGGACUGUGUGCGGUGGCUGGGGGAUCUUAUUCUUUCCAAGUCCUGUGAAAAUGCCAUUGUCUGCUGGAAACCAGGAAAGAUGGAGGACGACAUCGAUCACAUUAAACCCAAUGAGUCAAAUGUGACGAUUCUGGGACGCUUCGAUUACAGCCAGUGCGACAUUUGGUACAUGCGCUUCUCCAUGGACUUCUGGCAGAAGAUGCUCGCUUUAGGAAACCAGGUGGGGAAGCUUUAUGUGUGGGACCUUGAAGUAGAAGACCCACACAAAGCAAAGUGCACCACCCUGACCCUCCCCAAAUGCACAUCGGCCAUCCGGCAAACCAGCUUCAGCCGCGACAGCAGCAUUUUGAUAGCCGUGUGCGACGACGCUUCAAUCUGGCGCUGGGAUCGACAGCUGAACAUUCUCCGGAAAGUGGUUAUUGGAGGCUGCUGUGCCCGCCCUUUCCUCAUGAACGUCCUUUGA